AUGGCAUCGCAGAAGACACUUGCUGCACACUAUGCAGAGCAGAUGCGACACCAUCCCAGCGGCUACGCCAUAUACGAGCCCGUGAGCAGUGCCUAUUUGAGGUCAGGCAGCUGUGGCUAUUUCGAUGACAGUGGGGAAUGGACGACAAUCGCUCAAUUGGAUAAUGUCAUAAAACUUAAGCGUGAGGGAUUUGAGCCUCCAGCGUCUCCCGAAAAGGCCGAAGACAUGGUCACUAGAAAUUUCGGCGCUAUCCUGAUGACAGAUUCGCCUGUUGAAAAGGAAGUAGGAGAUGCCUCCGCCAAGGCACUAGUCGCCACAGCUUGA